GGGUUGGCCCCCGCCAUCUCCAAGCCCGCCGUCGCCCCCAUCGAGCGGGUGAAGCUGCUGCUGCAGGUGCAGCAUGCAAGCAAGCAGAUCACGGUAGAGAAGCAGUACAAGGGCAUCAUUGACUGCGUUGUCCGUAUCCCCAGAGAGCAGGGCUUCUUGUCCUUCUGGCGUGGCAACUUGGCCAAUGUGAUCAGAUACUUCCCAACUCAGGCCCUCAACUUUGCUUUCAAAGACAAAUACAAGCAGAUCUUCCUGGGCGGUGUUGACAAAAGAACCCAGUUCUGGCGUUACUUUGCUGGUAACCUGGCAUCUGGUGGCGCGGCCGGUGCUACGUCUUUGUGUUUCGUCUACCCUCUUGAUUUUGCCCGAACCCGUCUGGCAGCUGACGUCGGUAAAGCUGGAGCUGAAAGAGAAUUCAGAGGUCUUGGUGACUGCCUGGUGAAGAUCUUCAAGUCUGAUGGGCUGCGGGGCCUUUAUCAAGGCUUUAAUGUGUCUGUGCAGGGUAUCAUCAUCUACAGAGCUGCCUAUUUUGGCGUCUACGACACUGCUAAGGGAAUGCUUCCUGACCCAAAGAACACCCAUAUUUUCAUCAGCUGGAUGAUUGCUCAGACAGUUACUGCUGUUGCUGGGUUGACCUCCUAUCCAUUUGACACUGUGCGUCGUCGCAUGAUGAUGCAGUCUGGGCGUAAAGCAGCUGACAUCAUGUACUCUGGUACAAUUGACUGCUGGCGAAAGAUUGCUCGUGACGAAGGUGGAAAGGCAUUCUUCAAAGGUGCAUGGUCCAAUGUCCUCAGAGGAAUGGGUGGUGCUUUUGUCUUAGUCUUGUAUGAUGAAAUCAAAAAAUUCACUUAAGUUAUUUCCCAUUGUGAACUGGCAUGUUGUAUUAUGUAACUUACUAUGACCAUUCAUGGACUGUAUCAAAACUGUCUAGUUAUCAGCUACAGCUGGUGGCUAAACUGGUUGGCAAAGGGUAAGGGGAGGGUCAAUUGCCUGACCUUGGCUCUUGUAUCAAGUCAUUCCCCUGAUGGGACUCAAAUGUGGUUUCUAUUUCAGUCACUCCUGUUUAACAAGUUUAAAGAAAUUAAAAAAGAAAAAACAUCUGAAACAAA